CUCGUUCUAACGUUUUAUUUUGUAUCGUUGAUUAUACAGAAAAGCCUGAAUGAUAAAUAAGUGAAAAUUGUUUAAUUUAUUUCCAAUUUUAAUCGAAAUCAAAGUAUUCUUCGAUUAUUUUAAGCUAAUUUCAUGAAAGAAAAAAUGGAUUUGCAAUUGUUAAAAAGUAAAUUUCGUGGAUCGAUGUUAGGUGUUUUGAUGGGUGAUUGUCUUGGCGCUCCUUAUGAAAAUGAAGAACUUUUAUCGAAAGGUUCUAAACUUGUCUUGGAAAAAUCUUUUAACAAGUUAGAAAGUCCUGUCAAAUUUAAAGCACCUGUCAUGCAGUAUACAGAUGACUCGGCUAUGACAAAAUGUGUAGCUGAAUCGUUAAUUGAAAAAAAGGAUAUAGACCUGAUUGAUUUGGCGAAAAGAUUUGUUAAAUGCUAUUAUCUGGAACCGUUUCGUGGUUACGGACCAGGUGUUAUAACCGUUUUUCAUAAAUUACGUGGUAAUAAAUUUCAAGACGUUUUACAUCCUGCAAAGGAACAAUUCAACGGCCAAGGUUCUUGGGGUAACGGUGGUGCAAUGCGUAUAGCACCAGUUUCAUUAUUUUCUUUUCAAAAUUAUGACAAACUCCUAGAUCUAACUAGGAGAGCGACAGAGAUUACGCAUACUCAUAAAACUGGCAUAGACGGUGCUAUUUUACAGGCACUUGCUAUUCAACAAUGUCUCGGUUUGAAUCCAAAAGAUGGAUUGAAUGUAUCUCAUUUUCUUAAAGAGCUUAUUGACAAAAUGGAUAAAAUAGAGGAAGACGAGGAAGGUUUAGAUUUAGAUGAACCACAACCUUAUAAAUUGAAAUUAGAAACGAUGCAAGAUUUCAUUACCUCAGAAAAAGAUUUAAAUGAUGAUCUAGUCAUUCGAUUAUUUGGUAAUAGUAUCGCUGCUCUUCAUUCUGUACCUACAGCAAUAUUUUGUUUCUUAAGAGCUCAACAGCCCAUUAAAGACAUAGAAACCGACAAUCCACUUAGAAGGGCUAUACAGUAUGCCAUUACAUUAGGCGGAGACACGGAUACUAUUGGUAGCAUGACAGGUGCUUUGGCAGGUGCUUUUUAUGGUGAAGAUUAUUUUAAUUCUAAUCUUAUGGAACAUUGUGAAGCAUCAAAGGAAUUUGCACAUCUUGGUGAAAAACUACUUGAUGCAACAUUAAACCAAUAAAUCAAAUGUAUAAUAUACAUCUGUAUAUAGGUAAUGUUUGUUGUUCAAGAAUUGUUUCAUUUCUUUGAUAUUUGUAAUAUUCAAUGUAUAUAAGAUUGUCUUA